GAGAAAUGAAAUUAUUUUUUUAUCCAACAGUGCUUUGUAAUGAAUUUAUGUUCUGACGUUCUGUAAUGAAUACAGACAUAACCGUCGUGUCUCGUUAAAGAAAAUAGAGUUUAUUUAGUUUUUAUUUAUUUUACAUUCUUCUUACCCAUCUUUGAUAACUCUUGUCGUCUUCUUCUUGUGUGUUUCUCUGAUGAAUUAACUGCUUUAAGAGUUUUGGUUUCUGAAGCUCGAUUUUUAGCUGCUCGUUGCUUUUGUAAUUGAGAUUAGAAGAAAAGAUUGGAUUUCCUCGAUGGCGAAUGUAGAUGUUGAUUUCAGAAGAUCAGGGUCUUAUGAUGAUCAAUUGUACAUGGAGCUGUGGAAAGCUUGUGCAGGGCCACUUGUGGAAGUUCCUCGUUAUGGUGAAAGAGUUUUCUACUUCCCUCAAGGUCACAUGGAACAAUUGGUGGCUUUGACUAAUCAAGGAGUCGUUGAUCAAGAAAUACCUGAUUUUAAUCUUCCUCCAAAGAUACUCUGUCGAGUUCUUAGUGUCAUGUUAAAAGCAGAGCAUGAGACAGACGAGGUUUAUGCUCAGAUCACAUUACAACCAGAGGAAGAUCAAAGUGAACCUACAAGCCUUGAUCCACCUCUAGUCGAACCUGCUAAACAAUCGGUUGAUUCAUUUGUUAAGAUUCUAACAGCUUCUGAUACAAGCACUCAUGGUGGAUUCUCUGUUCUUCGUAAACACGCCACUGAGUGCUUGCCUUCACUUGAUAUGAGACAACCUACACCGACUCAAGAACUGGUAGCUAGAGAUCUCCACGGCUACGAAUGGAGGUUUAAGCAUAUAUUCAGAGGGCAACCGAGGAGGCAUUUGCUUACAACGGGCUGGAGUACAUUUGUAACCUCGAAAAGACUUGUAGCUGGAGAUGCAUUUGUGUUCUUGAGGGGUCAAACUGGGGAUUUACGAGUUGGCGUGAGACGUUUAGCGAGGCAACAAAGCACAAUGCCUGCAUCGGUGAUCUCGAGUCAGAGUAUGCAUUUGGGAGUUCUUGCUACUGCUUCUCAUGCUGUUAACACCAAAACUCUGUUUGUUGUCUUCUAUAAGCCGAGGAUAAGCCAGUUCAUAAUCGGCGUGAACAAGUAUAUGGCGGCCAUGAAAAUUGGAUUUCCUAUCGGUAUGCGGUUUAGAAUGAGAUUUGAAGGAGAAGAGUCUCCUGAGAGAAUAUUUACGGGUACGAUUGUUGGUACUGGAGAUCUAUCUUCUCAAUGGCCAGCUUCGAAAUGGAGGUCGUUGCAGAUCCAAUGGGACGAGCCAUCUACGGUUCAGAGACCAAACAAGGUCUCAACGUGGGAGAUCGAGCCUUUCUCACCAUCCGUGCUAACCCCAACACCUACUCAACCACAAUCAAAGUCCAAACGGUCCAGACCCAUUAAUUCAUCAUCAGUUUCAGUAAUUCGUUCUCGAGUUUCAUCUUGCAUUGCAGAAAUCACAGGGAGUCCUAUCGCUUCUACUUUCUUGAGCCUCGACUCCAAUUCAUCACUCAGACUUUUGUUUCAAGAUCCAUCAACCGAAAGAAACUCCAACAAACCAGUGUUUCCAAGCGGAUUACAAUGCAAGAAAACCGAGACUCCGGUCACAAGUUGCUGUAGGUUAUUCGGAUUCGAUCUCAUGAGCAAGCCUGCUUCUACUGCUCCAGUUCCUCCUGACAAGCUACUUAUUAGUGUGGAUUCAAACAAUUCUGGUUCUGCCAAAUGUCAAGAUCCUAACUCACUGACGGAGCAGAAGCAACAAACAUCCACAAGAAGCCGAACCAAGGUGCAAAAGCAAGGAACAGCGGUUGGACGUGCGGUUGAUUUAACGUUGUUGAGAUCAUACGAUGAGUUAAUCAAUGAGUUAGAGAAAAUGUUUGAGAUUGAUGGAGAGCUUAGUCCAAAAGACAAAUGGGCUAUUGUGUUUACAGACGACGAAGGAGAUAUGAUGCUCGUUGGAGACGAUCCAUGGAAUGAGUUCUGUAAAAUGGCAAAGAAGCUAUUCAUAUAUUCGACUGAUGAGGUCAAGAAAAUGAGCACAAAGUCGUCGUUGGAUGAUGAAGGUACGAUCGUAAAUCUUGAGUUGGACCAGAGGACAGUUUACCUAUAAUUAUGAAGUUCUUGAAUUUUUUUUUUUUUUUUUAUCUAUGUUGGAUUCUCUCACCGAGUCACGAAGUUAGGUGGUUUGUAAGAAAUUUUUUUUUUUUAAAUUGAAGUUGGAUGGUUGGUUAUUUUGCUAGCUAGGAAUGUACUAGAGAGGGAUUGUAUUCAACACAAAAUGCUUAUAGAAC